UUCAAAAUGACAAAAAAAGCCGGCCCUGAUACUCGUUGGGUUACGACGAAAUCUGUUUAUUCUAAAUUCAAUUUCCAAAUAGGAUGCCAGUGUUUACUGCAAACAUACCUGGCUUGCUCAAAGUUAAGGAUAGGAUCGAGAUUGGUGGAAAAAUCAAGGAGACCGCUAGAAAAAUGUCGGUGAACUUGUGCGCGCAAGAAGGCGAGGAGCCCAGGGACGUGGUCCUCCACUUUGACGUUAGAUUCCACCGCGACAACAUUAUCUCGCUGUCGAGGAAGAACGGCAUUUGGAUCGGCAGCGGGAACUAUGACACAAACUACAAUAUGUUUGUACCUGGUACAAUAUUUCAGAUAAUCUUCGAAGUGAAGGAUACAGACGUGAUCACCAUCUACUGUCAGGGUAAAUUCCAUUCGAACUUCUUGCCGAAGAUACCUCUCUCGAUGGCCAGGUAUAUUGUGGCGUGGGCGGACGUCGAGAGAAUCACGCACUGUUUCUUCCAUAUGGGGAAUAAGGCUUUAAGCGGUGAUGAAGCAACUGUACCAGGUACCUACCAUUCAUCAUCACCUCGGUCCCCCGUGGUCAUCGGAGAUGUUAAACGCUGUUUAAGAGUAUCUAAGAAAUCAACAUCCGGCUCUCCCCAGUUACACUCCUCAUAUGAAAGCUCUGAUGAAGACAAACCAAGGCCGAAAGCCGAAGGUCGAGCCGACAGAUAUUUUUACGACACGUUAAUGUGCCAGGAGCAUUCAAAGUUUUCACCAGAAUCCAUGAAGUAUAGACAAGACCAUAGUGCAGCUAGAAGCAAGGCAGAUUACCGAAAAUACAGAGACGUAACCGACACAGAUAAGAAUGACAGCGAAGAUUACUCUGAGGUGGUCGCCUCGAAAAAUAUAGAUUCGUCUAUGGCUGAAUCGGAUAAUCUGCACGAUUUAGGCGCGAAAAAGCGCGGCAGACGCGGUAAGUUUCCGUUGGCGCAAGUCGUAAAUUUUAUGGGGAAAACGGCCAAGAGAAAUUAGCAUUAUGCUAUAAUAAGCAAAUGUAUUUUAAUUGGUAAUUAUUAUUUUUUUAUUUUACAUUUUCGAACUUGUGUUUGGAUUGAUUUUGACUUUUUACAAAUAAAAUUUUCAUUAAUAAAAUACAUUUAUU